GUCAUGAAAGUAGAUGGCGCUGCGGAAAGUCAAGCUUCCCUUUUUCACCAACACUCGGAAGCGGGCAGGGGUUUCAUCCAGUCAACGGAAAAAAAAAAGAGCUUUGCGAUUUGAAACGUAACGUAUUUAACACAUUUGGGGGUCAUAUCUUCAAGAUUUAGAUUCAGACAGCUUCCGAUCGACGCCGACGACCAGCCAGUAAACCCACGAUGAAAAUAUGGACCUCGGAACACACGUUCAACCAUCCCUGGGAGACAGUGGCCCAAGCGGCUUGGCGCAAGUAUCCCAACCCGAUGAACCCGGCUGUGGUGGGAAUCGACGUGGUAGAUCGUCAGGUCAGGGACGGUGUCCUCAAGAGCCAUCGCCUUAUCAGCACCUGCUGGGGACUACCUUCGUGGGCACAACGGAUCCUGGGUGCUGACCGAACCUGCUAUGCUAGUGAACACUCCGUGGUGGACCCCUCACAACGCACAAUGACCAUGCUUUCCAGAAAUCUGACCUUCUGCAAUGAGAUUUCCAUAGUGGAGAAGCUCACCUACACGGAACACCCUCAGGAACAGAGCUGCACGCUGAUGAAACAGGAGGCAGUCAUCACAAUUCGAGGGGUACCUUUGAGCAGUUACUUAGAAGACUUUGUCGCUAAGGCCAUCUCCUCAAAUGCCGGAAAGGGUCGUCUGGCCAUGGAGUGGGUCAUCGGCCGUAUGAGCCAAGAGGUCCAAGAAUUGACCAACCGAACCGUGAAAAGUGUGGAUGAAAUCACAACGGCUGCCAAGAAGGGGAUGGAUGACCUGACACACCUGACGUCCACAGAACCUCACUACCACUUUAAAAACUGACAUUGGGCCUUAUUAAUCUGUUGUAUGCGAUUUCUCCAAGACAGAAAACAAAACUUAGGAAACUUAACCAAUUGAUUAUCAUUAUUGUCAUUGUUACGGAGGAACCACUCUGUCGGAUGGCAGCAGUGUCUGUGCUUUCUCAAGUGUCUUGUGGACAUAUGUGAACACUAUUUGUGAGCAGAGCUGCAGCAUAUGAAAUCGUGGCGUCCUUCGUUCCUUUGGGUCAGCGGUUUCCAACGUUUCCUGUCGUGUAAAACGUUCGCAAAGCAGGAAUUGUCUCUGUGAAUUUCUCGUGUUUGUGGCCAUAUUUGUAGAGUCGAAUUUCAAACAAAAAAAAAAAAUGGCAAAAAAUUUUCUGUAUAGUAUCUUUUGCAUUCCAGCUGCAGAAUUUCCAAGGCUGGCCCGUGUGGCUCUUAAGUUCUGGAAAAUAAAAGUUGGGAACUACUGACCUAGAAUAAGGGACUAGUAUGUAUUUGUGCUUUCUGGGAAUCGGCAAGCCAAAGUCACGUUAAGUCUGGGUCAGAUCUGUGCAUUGCUUGUGUUCACUCCAGCACCAGCAACUGUGGAUUACCGCACCCACCUUUGGUCACUGGUGCUGCUGUUAUGAGGGGAAACACCCAAAGGUGCACAUGUUUGAGCCAGCCUUCGUUUGAUGUCGGGAUUGGUAUGUGAGGGAAAUGUAUUAAAUGCAACCUAGGCAGAUGGAGCCAUCACACUUUCUUGAAUUGGCUCAGCUUGGUAAACUGCUUGCUUUCCCAGUUUUGCACAUGUUUUAUGUGGUUUUGCUCUUGAGAAAGCUUUUUUUUUUAUUCACUGCGCAUCUGGCAUUACAUCUAGUUUUUACAAUGAUAAAACACUCCAACAUUCAGUCAUAUUUCAAAACUGCAGUCAUGUGGAAUUCUAGAACAGGGUAAGCUAAUGGCAAUUCUGAGAAAGAAAGAAAAACGAAAAAAGCUCGAUUUGUUUUAGCUCAUGCUCUUUUUCAAGGGGUUGUGUACUGCAGUGCUACCAAUUCCUUUUUAUGUCUAGCAACUUAGAAUAACAAUAAAUAAUUACCUGCUAGGACAGUCGAGGAAAGUGCAUUUAGUGGUUAUUAUGAUCUGGCUAGGGGGUGUGGGAUCCAAGACAAAAUGAUCCAAGACAAAAUGGUCCCAGUCAAAAUGGCUUUGGGCAACGUGGCCCCGGGCAAAAUGGUCCCAUGUGCAAACCCGGACACAAAAUGGUUUCGGGCUAACCUUGAAGCAUAGUUGGCGUGCUCUUCGGGGAAUAGUCAAUUGUUUGUACUUGAUGAAAUUGCAUGUAGAGAAAGGAAAAUGUUUAACUGAAUACUUAAGUUAUGACAUGCUUACCAUUUUAAAGUUUAUAUAUUCAAUUUACAACAGAUUGCAUGUCAGUAGCUGAGCCAAAGAGAAAGAAAAAGUGUAAUAUGGAAGUAUGUAUACCAAAAAUGUAUUUAUAAGUGACAUUCAGCACGGUAAAAAAAAAAAAAGUUUCGUUAUACACCAUCACAUGUAGUAUGUGCACAAUAAUGUCCUUGAUUCAUCAUGUGCAUGCGUUUUCUUCCAGCUCCAUUGCACUAAUUCGAAAUUUAAUAAAUGCUGUCGUAAGAUGCACCUAUUUUUCUCCCACACCUAUAUAUUACGUUUUAGUAAAGUCGCAGUGCAGCCGGUGCUACAACCUGAUAGGACCAGUCGAGCAGUGCUGAAAAAACACACUAAUGGCGCUCAACAACUUUUUUUUUUUUUGUAUGAUAUCCUGGCUAGUCCUAUCAAGCGUAGAGAGUGAAUCGCGACCUUGUGCUUUUAGUGUGCGCGUGUGUAUUUGUGUAGCGAUUUCCGCUCUAGCUUUGUACAGUGCUCUUAUGUGAAUAGCAGCCAUAUAUCUAGCCGAAUGAGCGAUGAUAGACCUUUAACGUUUGGGCUUUGUUAGUUGUUUCCUAAAAUAGAUCGCCAAAAACUUGAAUGCAUUAAAAUAUAUCUUGCACGUGUGUGGAACAAGACUUCAAAGCAGCAGUUCACUAAGACUAUCGGAGUGCCCAGUGUCAAUAAAUCACUGGGGACCAUUUUGUUCGGGUUUGCGCUUGGGACCAUAUUGUCCGGGGCCAUUUUGUCCAGAACCUUUUUGUUUGGGACCAUUUUGCCCUAUACCCAGGGUGUGUACUGAUAAAUGUUGAUGUUAGAUGUUGGGAAGUGGAUGUAAAAUAAAUGUGCAUGCACUGCGUUUCCAUUUCAUAGGUCACUCUUGACACCUCCAGUUUGAAGGCGCAGGGCAAGUAAUGCCAUGUGAACGGCGAGUACCUAAGGGAGGGAUUUUGAGAGAUGGCACGCAAGUUUUGCUUGUGUGCAGUUUCUUUACAAGUAAAAAGUGCUAUUUUUUAUACCAUCUUGGAAGUUCGUUGAAACCUUCGCACAGUUGCCUUCGAUGGCUGAAGCAGUUGGUGGCGCGGAUCGAGUUUGGUACGAAUAAAGACGGCAUAGAAUA